AUGCGCGCGCGUUUCCUGCUGGCGUCCCUGCGCGCCCUCGCGGCGCUUCUAGUCGUCAGCGUAAGCAGCGCGUCCAACGCAAAGGGCCAGGCGUUCCUGGACGGUAACAAGGGCGCCGCGGGCGUCGUCGUGCUGCCAUCGGGCCUGCAGUACAAGGUGCUGAAGGCGGCGACCAAUCAGUCUGCGCCGCGGCCGUCGGCGGGCACGCCGUGCCAGUGCCACUACGAGGGGCGCUUGCUCGACGGGACCGUGUUUGACUCGUCCCGCAAGCGCGGCUCGCCCACCACGUUUGCGCCGUCCCAGGCGCUGCAGCUGAUGCGGGCGGGUGACCGCUGGGAGCUGUACAUCCCGAGCGAGCUGGCGUACGGGUCGCGCGGCGCCGGCGGCAAGAUCGGAGCCGACGAGGUGCUGAUCUUCGACCUCGAGCUCCUCUCGCUCAACACUGGCGGAGUCGGGCCGGUGAUGGCGGUGAUGAGCACUCCGGUGCUGGGCCCUCUGGCGCCGUGGCACCUCGUGCUCCUCGCCCUGCUGGCGUACCGGUUCAUGGGCGGCGGCGGCGGCGGGCGCAAGGUUGCGGCGAGCCACAUCCUCGUGAAGGAGGAGGAGGUGUGCGAGAAGCUCAAGGCCGAGCUCGCUGACAAGGCUGGCGACGCCGAGGCGCAGAGGAUACAAUAG